AUGGCUACCAGAACGCUCGCACACUGGGCUGUUAGUCUCAACGAUAUACCGUGCUCAACACGGAGCGCAGCCGUGAAGUCACUGUACAACUACAUUGGGUGCGCCAUCGGUGGCUCCAACCACCCAACGACGAAGAAAGCGCGAGAUGCAUUGUCUCCGUUCUUUGGCAAACCGACGUCAACCUUGCUGGGGGCGCAGUCUCCUUGUUUCAGCAAGGCCGACCCACAACAUGCCGCGUUACUGAAUGGCAUCGCUUCACAUGUGCACGAUUACGAUGACACGCACCUCGCAACAAUCAUUCAUCCAGCCGGACCCAUUGCAUCUGCGCUCCUAGCCUGGGCCGAGUGCCAAGGAGGAGUCAGUGGUCAAGCAAUGAUAGUUGCAUUGGUGAUAGGCAUCGAGACAAGCUGCAAGCUGGGGCGAGCGAUCUGGCCACACCAUUACGACAUUGGUUGGCAUAUUACUUCAACCACAGGAGCGAUAGGAGCUGCAGUUGCUGUUGGGAAGCUCAUGGAGCUGGAUGACGAGCAAAUGAUGCACGCUAUCGGUCUAGCGUCCGUACAAGUUGUGGGCCUUCGCGAAAUGUUUGGCAGUGAUACCAAAUCGUUCCAUCCUGGCCGCGCAGCUUCGAGUGGCUUGCUGGCGGCAUUGCUGGCUCAAAAAGGCUACACCAGCUCCGAGAAAGCGCUCGAGGCCAAGCGUGGAUGGGCUAACGUUGUUGCUGGUGGUGGUGUACCACGGUUGGAUGACCUACUUGCAAGCUUAGGGCAGACAUGGGAGGUUGAAGCGAACUCUUUCAAGCCUUUUCCUUGUGGAAUUGUUUGUCACCCAGCUAUCGACGCUGCAGUCCAGUGUCACCACGAACUGCGAUCGAAAAGCCCCGCUUUGCCGCUAGAAAAUAUCGAAGCGGUCGAGCUGCGAGUCCAUCCUCUCGUAGUAGAACUGACCUCAAAAGAAAACCCACAGGACGGUCUUGAGAGCAAGUUUUCUGUUUUUCAUGGCUGCGCCGUCGGAUUGCUGUCUGGAAAGGCGGGUCCAGCGCAGUACGCUGACGAUGUGGUCACCAGCAGAGAAGUGAUUGCGAUGCGAGAGAAGGUCAAGAUCAUCUCGGAUGAUUCUCUUCUUGCAGAUGAAGUGCAUCUCUCGUUGAGACAUCAGAGAGGGAUGGUCAUCGAGAAGCACGUAGCUCAUGCCAUCGGGUCGGCGCACGUGCCAAUGACUGGACAGCAGCUGACGGAUAAAUUUGUGGAUCAGACUUCACUGGUCCUUGGCGCUGAUGGGGCGAAAGCAGCAAGUGAUGCAGCGUGGACGAUCGCCGAGGUGGACAGUGUCGAGACGGUCUUUCCGAUGUUCCGAGGCCGCCCGCGGGGAACUGCCAGGUAG